GCAAAACGCGGCACGCGCCUCAUCCGUUCCGACCGGCAUGUGCAUGCAAUUUUGGUAUAUUUUUAGUUGUGCAGUUUUGUUUUGAUUAUUUGUUUUUUUUUUUUUUCGUAACCAAACCGGAAGAUAACCCGACGACGACUGCUGCGAGUCACCAACACGGUUUGGUUUUAAGAUGACCAACGACAUGGAAAUCACCAACAAAUCGUUUCAUCUGCGGUGGAACAACCACUUGGAGAAUUUACGUUCCCUGUUCGAAUGUCUUUUCAACGAGCAGAUACUGGUCGACGUGACCAUAGCCUGUCAAGACGGUUUGCUCAGGGCGCACAAACUGAUUUUGUCGGCUUGCAGUCCGUACUUUGAGACGAUUUUCCAAGAAAAUCCCUGUAAACACCCGACGGUGAUCAUGAGAGGGGUUACUCUGCACGAAAUGCAAAGUUUAUGUCAGUACAUGUACGUGGGUUCGGUGGAAGUCCAAGAGUGCAAUUUGAGUUCACUGUUAAAAGUAGCCAGAGAGCUACAAAUCAAAGGUCUGUCAGAAAAAACCGUAUCCGACCAACCGAGGACCAAACCGGUGGCGUUCAACCAGAAGCCCAUCAAACUAGAGACUACGGACCCCGACGUGAACGUCAAGUUAGAAAUGACCAACGGCAGCACCAGUUCGAACGAACCCGAACCCGACUCCGGCGGCAACUACCACGUGCCGUGCGAGGACGAUUCGUACGACAACAGCAGCUCCUUCGAGCACACGAACAUGCUCAGCCCGCAGGUGAUGAUGAUGGACGAGCAGGCGGACGAAAACAACAAACCCACCAUACUGUCGCAGCCCAAGUACCAUCAUCAUCCGUUCCAGGUGAACUUCCAGGCGAUGGGCAACGCGGAGUCGCCGCAGAGCAAGAUCGUCGGCGCCGUCGAGUGUCCCACGUGCCAGCGGACGUUCCUCAACAAGCAGAACCUGCGCCGGCACAUGCAGACCCACUCGGGGCUGAAACCGCACCAGUGUUCCUAUUGCAACCUGUCGUUCCUGAGGCUGUCGCACUUGCAGAGACACCACCGGACGCACACGGGCGAACGGCCGUUCACGUGCACCGAGUGCCCGAAGAGCUUUUCCCGGUCCGACAAGCUGAGGUAUCACAUUAUGCAGCAGCACGCCGCCAUGGCGCACCUGCCGGGACCCAAGCAGAGAGGUAGACCCAAAAAGUUUGAGUCGCCCACCAACAACGUAGACGUGACUAUGGUUGCCAACAUACAGAACUACGAAGAACAGUGUGUACCCGUACCCGUCCAAGAGCUGCAAGAACCUUUGAACUUGGCUCAUUAGAUCUCCAAGAUUUCCAUAAUUAUUAUUAUUAUCAUUAUUAACUUAAGAGUGUUAUUUUUAGUUUUUUUUACCUUCAUGCUUUGAUUUGAUUCUCAUUAAUCGUAUACUAUAUAGAUUAUUAUACGAACAACGUAAUAAUUUGUCAGUGGAUUUUUCAAGACACUUUUAU